AUAUGACUCUGUCCCAGAACUGACCAGAAAAGAGAAGCUUCUUCCCUUCUUUCAGUUUCUGUUUUUAAGUAUUAAAUCCAGUGUGGUGCCAUUAUUUCUCUCGUGUCUGUAGCGCAGCUGAGCGAUUCUCUUUAGUUCAUCUCUAUAGUCGCUUCAGCGCGUUGGUAAGCAGGUCAUUGGGCUUCAUGGAUGAAAGUGCCAGUAGCAACCCUGAAAUGGGCCAUUCACUUUCUAGCAUUGAGGGACGCCGGAGAAACUUCCUCACUGAAUCUGAGUCCUUCAACAAUCCGUAUGAUUCUACAUGGGAGGACGACGACGGUCCGGAAAUCCCGUCCAGUGAGUUCAACAUAGAAUGGUCCAGAAAUGCACAGAGAAACACACAUGCUGCAAAAGACAUGCAGAACUUCAGGAAAAUGUUUCAGAGUGUCAACUGUGAUGAUGCAGCAGACGAUGAAGAGUUGGGUGAUGUGUACAGUGAGAGGGAAUACUGCAUACCCAACCUGCUGUUUUACCAAAAUAAGAUCGCAUCUCUUCCUGAUGGUGUAUACAUUAAGGAAUUUCAUGAAAAGUGGUAUGGUGAUUACAGCAGGCUGGAAUGGGUGCCCUCCUACAUUCAGUGGUUGUUUCCAAUCCAAGAGCAAGGAAUGAACUAUGAUUCUCAACCGCUUACCCCAGAAGAAAUCAAGCUGUUCCGUAAAGAUGACGCGGCGAAGAAAAGACUGUUGAAGUCUUAUAAGCUUAUGCUGGACUUCUAUGGCAUAAAAUUGCUCGAUGAGGAAACAGGCAAAGUGUGUCGUGCAGAACACUGGGAAGAGCGAUUUAAGAACCUAGACAGAAACACACACAACAACCUCCGCAUCACCCGCAUUCUGAGUUGCCUGGGCAUCUUGGGGUUUGAGCACUACCAGGCUCCUCUGGUCCGCUUCUUCCUCACGGAGACUCUGGUGGAAGGAAGACUUCCCAGAGUGAAGCGGAGUGUUCUAGACUAUUUUAUGUUCUCUGUUCUGAACACGUCAGAGAGAAAAGAACUGAUUAGAUUUGCCUUUGAGCAGUUUGAGCCAAAGAGAGAAUUUGUGUGGUGUCCUAAAAGGAUUCAAAGAAGAUUUCUAAAGGAGAUCAAAGCCAGAAAAGCAGAGACCACUGAGAAAAGCAGAGACCCUUCAGGAUCAGAGUCUGGUGUUCGAUGGCCAACAUCAAAUGAUUUCUAAAUGUGACUAAUGUAUGUCUAAUGUUGAGAUAGAUGAAAAAUAUAAAUCAGGAAGAAACUGAGAGAAUUUCUCAGUUGAGUGACUUGAAGAUAAUGCAGUUGCUUAGUCUAUUAGGCAUAUGAUAAAGGCUGUCAUCAAAUUAGAAUUUCACUGAUUUCUCUAUAUUUCUGCAUAUUCAAUAACUAAGAUAUAAACAGUGCUAUUCAGAGUGGUUUGUGCCAUUCUCAAGCUCUUACAUGAAAAUAAGAAAACAUUAAGGAAACAUUGUCUGAUGUCUCGAACAUUGGUUCACAGUAGAUUUAAGAAAAGGGUUUGGCCUAAAAAUUAUAUUUUACAUACAAUCCUGACAAUCCUUUAAAGUGAUCAACAUCAAAAAACUAAGAAGACAUCCAUAGAACAUAUGGUUGGUCAGUUUGGAUUGUAAAUAAAAAGUUAAGAUAAAAAGUUUAUUUGCAAUGUAUACACUGAAUCCCCAUCAGCUACAUUGUAUUAAAAAGAUGUCUGUAAUUUUCUAUGCAAUUACCAUUUCAUAUCAAACUACUCUGAAUGUUUAGAGUAACUGAAUAAUGUAGAAAUGUUUAGAGUAGGAAAAUUAAAAAUAAAAAAUAAGCAGAAUUCUUUGUUACAUAGCAUACAUGCAUGUAAAAUGUCACAAUGUGCGAUCUAUGCAAUGUGCAUUUGCACCUGACUUAUAUAUAUUUAUAUAUAUAAUGUUUAUUCUAUGUGUAUUCUAUGUUGGUCUCGUAUGUAUGCAUAUGUGUGUGUGGGGUAUAUUAUUGAGGUUGUCAGACUUCAGCCACACUCUUCCAAAUUUUGUAAAGCUUGUCUUCUGUGUUCAGAACACCCCACAACAAAGUUACAGUUAAUUAUUAAAGUUACAUGUAUUUAA